AAAUCUAAAGCAUGUUUGUUGGUUUAUAUAAAUUUGUGCUUUACCCCUAGACCUAGUACUUAAUCUGUGUGUAUACUUAUAUCUCGUCCUAUGUAUCGUAAUCGAUUACGAUUAGAGUAGAGUAGAUUAAAAAUAAUCAAAAGCCAGUUUACUUUCAGUUAAACUUGUUUACUUGUGUUAGUAAUUUUAUUCAACUAUACUGUAUAUUAGAUAAGAUAAGUGCAAACUACACACAACUGAGCCACAUAGGUUAUUGCUUAUUAACACUACUAAGUGUAGAUUCUAGGAAGUGUGAACAAUACACUAAAAUAAGCAGAAGUUGCCUUCUAUAUUCUUGUGUUAAGAAAUUUUGUAAUAGUUGGUACAGGCAUGGGAGAACUGUAAUCACAUAUACAUCAGAUAAUAAAUAGAUCAUGCAAGUUGCAGUCGCUAGUACUUCUAAAGUCAACCUUGAGGGUCAUGAUGAUUUUACUUAUUUGUGUCGAAUAUGUGCUGUCAAGACACAUAAUAUUAUACCUUUGUUUGGAAAAGAUCAUGAUGAUCAACAUUUGAUUGAGAAAAUAAACAAGUAUCUACCAAUCAAGGUAUGCAAUGAUGAUUUAUUGCCAGCAGGAGUAUGUGAGCAGUGUUCAAAUGCUGUUUUAGCCUGGCAUGAGCUAGUUGAGUGCUGUCUCCAAGCAGAUGUUUCAUUUCAAAAUAGGCUGGCUCUGUCACAAAAACAGGGAUUAUCACAGCCAACACCUGGUAUAUCGUCUAACUCAGAUACAGCACUCAAUGAAAAUGGAAUAAAGUCUGAGAGAGUGUCCGAAUACCUGGUGCGAAUCGUUCCUGCGCCGAUAUACACCGACACCGGCUUUGUUAUCAGUUCGACAGAGGCGAUUAACAAGAGAACCGAUACUUGCCAUGUUAGCAGACAGGACACGUUCAAAUUACUCGCAGAUGUCAGUACUAUAUAUUCCGUGCAACAAUCCGAGACAGCCAAAGUACAGUUUAUGAAACAACAAUUCGUCCACACCGAUACAGAACACGCUAACUGGAUACACUAUUCCAAACAUAACACGUCAGAUAAAAAACAACCACUAGACUAUAAUAGGUUUGUCCAAACGAGAAAUAAUUGCAUAGACGAAGGCAGCCAUAAUCGCGUAGUGUCUGAAUUUCCAUUACAAACAAUUGAAGAUUCAAUUGAAGACACCAAUAAUAGUACGGAAACGAAAACUAUACUAAAUAGUCCAAACUCCCCAGUAUCUACCGGCGCCGAAACGGCAUAUGCAGCGUACGAUGCGUUGCCAUCGAGUACAGACAAGGUCAUCGACCGCUUGGAGCAAAAUGAAUUUUCGGAUCAUAGCGACACGGAAUCGUUCGCUCGCCUGUCCGAAUCCGUGUUCGAAGCGAUCGAGGAUACGCGAGAUAGCAUUAUCGACAAACCGACAGAUGAGAUUAGAGUCAUAGAAAAAUGUAAAAAAUCAAAGAGGACGCGGCCGUGUCCCAUUUGUGGAAAAGUAUAUACGGCUUCGUCGAGUUACUUUUACCACAUGAAACAUUUUCACCGGCAGAGUAAAGAGCACAGUUGUGACGUUUGCGGAAAGAAAUUCGGGACCCGCGGAGAUCUCGAGCAGCACGCCGCCGUUCAUACUGCGGAGUGUAAAUACGCGUGUCGAUCUUGCGAUAAGAAAUUUCGUUCGCGAGCGAGUCGGUACAUUCACGAACAAAUUCACGAGGGCGUCAAAAACUACGAAUGCUCCACUUGUGGGAAAUGUUUCCGAUGGCGGACGCACUUACACCGGCAUACGUUGCGCCACGCCGCCGAAAAGAAACAUGAAUGUGCCGUGUGCGGACGGGGCUUUUCGGUUCACUGUGACCUCUUACGACACGCGCGGACGCACGCCGUGGGCAGCUAUGAGUGCGAAGAGUGCCGCGUGAAGUUCGCGCAAAUCAGGUAUUUAAAAGCGCACAUGAGAAAGAAGCACAGCGUUACUUCAACGAGCGAUAUCGGUUAAGAUACCGUAACGGCUCAGAGCGAUCAUUCGGCCUUGUGUAAACUAAGAAACUUGCGUGGUGGUCAAGUUGACCAGAAACCUCAAGAUACAGCAUCUGACAAUGUAAUAUGAUAUU